UGUUCUAGGUUCUGCCGUAACUUAGUCUGUUUUGAAGAGAAAAUUUCUGACAAUGAAAAUAUGAAAUAUGUUUGAACUUUUUGACACAAUAUGAAAGAUAUUACAUACUAGAAUGGAAAGCUACCUAGAGCAUUGGUUUUAAGGAGGAAUAUCUGAAUAAUUUACGUUCCUUGGCGCCAUAGAAAGAAUGCAGCUUAUGACAUUUGUUUUCGUUUAUACGCCCCCUAUCCGGAGAAGUAAUUUUGGUUAAAUUCAGCCCCUGUAUGUUCUGUGGUGAGUAUUAUUGGUGGUGCUUAUGACCCUAUAACAUAAGAGUACAUAUACUCAUUAAAUUCGUAUUUUACCUCAUUUGGGAGGAUUGUUUUAGGAAAUUUACUGAAGUAAGCUGUACUGCUAAGGACAUAAUUCCAAAGGUAUUUUUUUCAACUAUUAUUUUUUAUAACCGUGCAUUUAUAUCACCAGUAGUCGUAUGAAAUAAUAAUAAUUUGGUUUUAAAACUAGAAGAUGUUAAGUUUUAAGACGAAGACCUGCGAGCACAUUAUAGCCAAAACGAUUGAUUUAUCCUUUAUUGUUCAGCCUUCCUGAUCACGUGCGCGAAUCACCCAAUCGAAUGGCAGCCUUGCAUCCUAACUAUUAGUCGAGUGUAGUUCUUUGUGGUGCCAAGUUGCUACUUGAUUUCUUGAGAUAAUUUUGGGAGAGUGGGUUUUAGUGCGUGUGUAUGUGUGUGUGGUGUGUGUGGCGCGACUGUUUCUGUAUGUAUCUGUGUAUGUGUGCGUACACGUGAAAGUCUAUUUUGCCAUGUCUGCAUCUGGAACGUUGGCUAGUUACUACGUCGACUCUCUCAUCUUGCCGGAGAGUGAGGAACUCUCCGCGCCCAGAUAUCCAUCUGGUCCGGGGGGGCUGCAGCACGCGAGGCAGCCCACCUCGAUCAAUGAACACACCGAGCUUGGCCCCUGUACCUUCCCGACAAAAGCUCCCGUAUUUAGUCCGUCUUGGGGCCAUGUACCGACCCAGUUUCCUGGCGCAGUUUCGUCGGUGUACCACCACCCGUAUGGGCAUCACCAAGGCUCGGGUCCAGGUGACGUGGAGGGUCGCUACAUGCAGUCUUGGCUGCUGGAGCCCAUGUCCGGUUCCUUGCCUUUGACGGGAUUACCUACGAGUCAUCACUACGGGAUCAAACCGGAAAGCCUGGCUGCGCGAGGGGACAGUGCGCUGCCCGGAUCCCACACUGCCCUUCUCCUGUCUGAUUUCCCCAAUGGGACGGUGACAACGGCGUCCCCGGUUGACAAAGACACACUACCCGGCCAGACCAGGGACAUGAAAGGGGAGAUCGAGGAAAAAAUAUGCCUUGAUCCAAAUAACCCGGUAUCCAACUGGCUCCACGCGAGUGCCACGAGAAAAAAGCGCUGUCCGUACACCAAGCACCAGAUCCUCGAGUUGGAGAAAGAGUUCCUCUUUAACACAUACCUCACGCGGGACCGUAGGUACGAAGUGGCGAGGCAGCUCAACCUUACGGAGAGACAGGUCAAAAUCUGGUUUCAGAACCGCAGAAUGAAGAUGAAGAAAUUUAACAAAGAUGGUGGACCAAAAGAUAUUUCAUAGUUUUCUUUUAUUACACAACAGCGAGGAGCAUUCCCCCUCUUUUGGAACCGGACGUUUGGAUUCAUUA